ACGGCACGGUUGUGAAUAUGCCAAUCAUGCUGGGAAAUGUACGUUUGUUUGUACAGGUAGGCCUAGCAUAGAAUUUGAGGAGUCAAUUACGUGCUCUAUUGCAAUUCUAUUCAUCAGUUUCCUGAACUCACCCCCGUCAAGCUUAGGCUGAAUAUAUAUAUAUAUAUAUAUAUCUAGAGAGAGAGAGAGACGUGGCAAUCACUACGGAAUCCGGUAGGUAGACAUGCAUUCACGUUCUUUCCUCCUUGAAAGAGCGCACGUAAUAUUAUAAAUAGUGUCUUAAAGGAUGGCCAUCUCUUGGAACCACAAGUGAUCCAAAGGAUGAAUCUACCUCUACCUCUACCUGCUUCCGCCAUUAAGUUGCGUGGUGGGCAUGAAGAAACAGUGCUGGGUGCCCGUGUUGCCUGGGAAGAUCAGGAGCAGAGGAAGGUCGUUUCGGACAGGGAAAACGUACAUCGACCUGGGGAGAAACAGAUACUGGUGGAUCCAAUCUCCCUGACUCGCGGAAUCUCUAGCAGCUCCAGGGGAAAGGAGUAUGGGAAUGGGAAUAUUCAUCAUCCGCAUCCUCCAGCUGUGACUACCCAGCGGAGAAUAGAGGAGGAGGAGGAGGAGGCAGUUCUCGCCACCGGAAAGACUGGUAAAUUCAUGAGCAGCAGCCUCCCCAACUCUGCCUCUUCAUCGCCUCGUUUUGUGACAAGGCACAAGAAGAAAUGUAGAAAUCUCCUUCUUCCUCUCCCUCCUCCUCCUCUCGCUCGCCAGCACUCGGUGGCGCUGACUAAUCUGGAGCGGCUGCGGGAGAGCCACUUGAUGAGGAUGAGGAGGAGUAAGUCGUGCGGGGAUGGAAGAGCAUGCCAGCCCUCUGUCGACUUUGAUAUAUGGUCAGCCAUCAACAGGAAGCACCAAGGAGGAGGAGGCAGAUUAGACCAAGAAGAUAAGGCAACAAUAAUGUUUAGCCAGCAGCCGCCGCCGCCGCCGCACAAGUUCAAAUGCGGGACGUGCCUCUUCCUGCCCGGAUUUGGUGGUAGGGGAAAAGCCGUGAAAGCAAGGAGGAACGAGCCCAACGGAGCAGCAGCAGCUGUAUCCAUAUCCAAUAUUAUAGACGGCGAUGUGCGAGUGUCUCUGGAGCGAUUUGAAUGCGGGUCUUGGAGGUCAUCAGCGGUCAUCAGCUACUAUGAAGACAUAGACGGGGGAGGAGGAGAUGAUCAUGCAACAGCUAUGUCGUCGUCCAAUCUGUUUUUCGAUCUGCCAGUGGAGCUGAUAGGGUGCAGCAGCAGUGGCAUCGUCAACGAUAUGGAGUCCCCAGUAACAACAGGUUUCAUGUUCGACCACACCCACACUCGUCGUAGUACUCAUAAAGGGGUCCUCAAAAAUACUAGAAUUACUACCACUACCACUACCGGCACCACUAAUCCUACUCCUCCUCCUCCUCGUCAUAGUAGUAGUAGUAAUGUGGUGGCAAGUACAAGUACUGGUGUUGUUGGGCUUGCUGCUGACAGCAACCAUUCACCUCGUCGUCAUGUUCGUUUCUCCUCUCCUGGUUCUGGUGCUCCCUGCAGUUCAUCAACAUCAUCCUCAUCCUCAUCUCCACCUCUCCUCCUCCUCUGCAACGCACAUGCCCUGGAUAAUGGUGGCAGUGAUGGCGAUCUAAGCGCCUUCUUAGAAGCACAGAGCGCAUAAAGCUCCUCAAUUCAUGAAAGCAACAACCAAAAUGCACACUUGGCUUGGCUUAUUUACUUGUGCAUGAAGGUCUGGUCAACGUACGUGAUGCUGCUUCAUCUUUGAAAAGAAAAAAGCCGCGCAAUGGUUUUUGCUACUUGUAAACGUCAGAAUUGGUUUUUGUUUGUGUUUGAAGUUGAACUGUAGAGCAGCACAGCUUCAGUUUCCCUCCCGAUAAGGAUGGAUUGGAUGGAUGGACAGGAGAGAGUUUGUCAAACUGGAUUAAUUACCCGACUCGUCCCGUCCCGUCCCGUCCGCCCCGUGUUAUGCAUGUGCGUGUGAGUGUAAGCUAAUUACUUGGUCUAUUUUAUAAUCA